AUGGCUGUCAUAUCCUCCAAAGAUACAAAUCCAGGCAAUUCUGUCUACAAGCGAUACAAGAACAACACGAACGAGAACUGGAUGCACGAUGCUGGCUUGAGAAAGCUCAACAUCGGCAUCGGGUUCAUGUUCGCAUCGGCUGCUGCCAACGGAUUCGACGGAAGUCUUAUGAAUGGACUCUUGACCAUCAAACAAUGGCAUGACAACAUCGGAAACGUCAGCACAAGCAUCCUUGGCCUGAUCAUAGCUGGUAUCAGCUUAGGCGGUUUGCCAGCCUUCAUCCCAGCUGCAUAUGUCAGUGAUUGGAUGGGCCGCCGCUUCACCAUCGCCUUGGGCUCUUCCAUCAUGAUCGCAGCAGCUAUCAUUCAAGCUUCUACGAAUGGUCCAUGGGCAUUCCUGGGCACUAAGAUCAUGCUUGGUAUCGGCCUAGGCUUCGCACAAACAUCGGCACCACCUCUGACCACCGAGAUCGCUCACCCGAGACACCGCGCGAAUGUCACCAACAUGUUCCAAGCCAUCUGGUUCUGGGGCGCCAUUCUCUCAGCCGUCGUUACUAUUGGAACAUUACACAUGAGUGGAAGCUGGAGCUGGAGACUUCCCGUCUUGUUCCAGGCUUUCUUCCCAGGCCUUCAACUCAUUGGUCUCACAUUUAUCCCCGAAUCCCCCAGAUGGUUGAUCUCCAAGAACAGACGUGAUGAAGCUCUCGCAAUGCUCGUUAAGUACCAUGCCAAUGGUGAUACUGAGGAUGAGCUUGUUCACUUUGAGUUCAAGGAGAUCUGCACAGUCAUCGAUCAAGAGCGCGAAGCGGAGAAGAAUAUCGGAUUCAUGUCAUUCUUCAAGACCAAGGGGAACCGCCACAGACUCUUGAUCUGUGUGUUGGUUGGUUUCAUGAUUCAGUGGGCUGGAAACGGCAUUGUCUCCUACUACCUUGCACCUAUCCUGACGAGCGUCGGAGUCACAGAAGCAGUCUCACAAGCCGGUAUCAACCUUGGCCUACAAGUUUGGAAUGCCAUUCUAGCUGCCAUGGGCGCCAUGGCUGCCGAAAGAUAUGGUCGUCGUCCACUGUGGCUCCUGUCAACCAGCGGCAUGCUGGCCAGUUUCAUCAUAGUCACAGCUCUCUCAGCUGUUUUCGCCGAGCAUGGCACCAAAGCCGCAGGAUAUUGUGUGGUUGCGUUCCUUUUCAUAUUCUUUGGCUUCUACGACAUUGCCUUCACGCCACUGUCCAUCGCGUACCCUGUCGAGAUCCUGCCGUUCGACUUGAGGUCCAAGGGACUUAGCAUCAACUUGACUGUUGUGUUCGCCGCUGGCUUCUUCAAUCAAUAUGUCAACCCCAUCGCCCUUGAAGCUAUCCAGUGGAAGUUCUACUUCGUCUAUAUCGCAACAUUGACGGCUAUGCUGCCAACUAUAUGGUUCUUGUUCCCUGAAACAAAGGGCAGAACUUUGGAGGAAAUCGCGGUUGUCUUUGACGGCAUUGCUGCGGACCCUGUUCAUUCCGAAGUGCCCAGGGGAGUUCUGCGCAAAUCAGUUGAGGCCGAAAGCAUGACGGGGGGAGCGGAACAUGUCUGA